CAACUCAUACUCAUAGUCAUUCAUUGUCAGCGUGUUUGACUUGCAGAACGGAUUGAUUAUGCGUGGCCAACUUUGGUGUGGGUUCGUUCUCUCUGACUGGUAAUGAUUAUGUGGCAGUGAGACACGCGUAGGUAAAACUGGUUCAAAGAAACGCUUCCUCCCUUCUGCAGUAGUAAAAAGCCUUGAAUAGUCUGCACAAGAACGCGAGGGAUCACUGGCCGGAGCGGGUGGGCGGCAUUCGCCUUCGAGGAGUACCAAGCUAACGUGCGUAGCUGGCAAGCAAUGAUCAAUAUGUUGACUGAAGAGGAGAAAAGAGAAGCCAGGUUACUUCUGGACAAGCUGCCGACAGAGGACAUCGAGGCGCUCACGGAAACCGUGUCAUCUCGGAUGGUGACUGCGGAGACACGAGAAAGCGGAGUGGAAGCCAUUCUUCUCUACAGUGAGAGUGCCAAGCAGCUGCUGAGGCGAAAGAAAGUGAAGCGGGAGCACAUCGUCAUGUAUCUAGGCGAGAAGAACCAACAAGCCAGUCACACGGAAGACAAGAGUACAUUAGUAAAGCGGGUGCUGGAUUUCUGGGAGAAGAACGGAACGUCUCACCCCGCAGGCGAUGACGGUCGGGGUGGAGCUGGUUUGGGCGGUGCCAUGGGCGAGGGCAGUACGAUUGUAGAUGAGUUCAUGACUCACGGCGGUGGCUACGUGGACCUGCCCCGCACAGAGUCGCCCACGUUCGAGGAUGCCGUGGGUACGCUACGGCCGCUUCAAGUGGGCAUCACGCCGGAGGGAAUGGCAGUUUGCAAGGACGACGACGGGCAGCUGCUGGCAGAGUCGUUUGCACCGUGGUUCUAUGGCCUGCUGAAGACUGCGGGGAUGCCCCUGACCAUGCCAGCGUAUGCCGGCGAGGACAUGAAACUGCCGGAUUUCCAGGGACAGUGGGGACCUCAUCACUUCUGGCCAGACGCCAAACUUCAGAUCUUCGAGCUGCCCGACGGAAUGGAGACCCGCGUGUCAGGCGCUGUGCAAAUCAGCACGAAAUUCGCGGGUCUGGUUUCCAGUGGCUUCAUUUUCGAGGCCAACUUCAGCAGGCAGGGCAUCAAGGGCCUGCAGACAGUGCGAGAUUUGAUCAGCGUGUCGGUUGCAGGUAAGUUCUCGCAGGUAUCCGACCCGCCGACGUACUGCUCUGAAGGAGGUACCUUUGAGCAGUCCUUCUCACUACAGCAGGACAGACAGAGCAUGAACUGGAGGAUCAAGUCCACCAAUCUUAAGCUAAUGUGGACUAUCAGCAAGGCCACCAACGACCCGGAGGACGAACAGGAGCUACCGUUUUUGCACGCGACCCCCACAGCCGACAUUCCCCUCGGCCUGCCAGCAUAGUCCCUGGUCAUGGUGAGUAGCCAUAGUCAGCGGCACUGUUACCAUGGACAACCAACAUACCCAAAUUACUAGCCUAGCCCGGCACGACCAGUACUAUUACACACUUGCUCCACUACUGAUGUCAUGAUUCCCGCAGCGGGUCACCGGUGACAUCCUGCCUUAGGUAUUUCUCAUCAUUUCGGUAACAGUUAGCCGGAGUACGCAGUCAUAUUGAGCGCACAGUCCCC